GCACGAGACAGCCCGCCUGUGUUGCAUCUCCACAUUGAAGUAGGAAGAAAGCUCGAGAUGUCACCAAGAAAAAAGAUCAUUUCAACUCCACCAAGAAACAUAACUAGGCCAACUGUGAACCCUGCUGCAAUUGGAAUGGCUUAUUUGAAAUCAGAACAGAACCAAAUUUUGGAUGCUGAUUAG